CAUAUAUUUGAACAUUUCCAGAAGAUUUCUUCUGAUUCAGAUUAUGAUGAUGAUGUCGAUAGUAAAUAGUGGUGUGACACAAAUGUAAAAAUACACGCAAUAUUCACCGUUUGUGACAUUUUUAACCACAUUACAAUGGCUGAUAACGAAGCGAAGGGACGAGAGUUGAUGCUUGAGGCGGAAAAGAAACUGAACUCUUCCAAAGGAUUUUUUGGUUCACUGUUUGGGGGGAGUUCUACCAAGGUAGAAGAUGCCGCCGAUAUAUUUGUUAGGGCAGCCAACAUGUUUAAGAUGGCUAAAAAGUGGGCAGCUGCUGGUGAAGCAUUUUGUCGGGCUGCUGCUCUUCAGGUUCAGUUGGGAAGCAAACACCAGGCAGCUACAGAGUAUGUCAAUGCAGGAACCUGCUAUAAAAAGGCUGAUCCUAAUGAGGCCAUCAACUGUUUAUUGAAAGCUGUUGAAAUCUAUACUGAUAUGGGAAGGUUUACAAUAGCAGCCAAGCAUCAUGUGUCCAUAGCUGAAAUCUAUGAAACUGACAUGGUGGACAUAGAAAAGGCUAUCACCAGCUAUGAGCACGCUGCUGAUUAUUACAAAGGAGAAGAGUCUAACAGCUCGGCCAACAAAUGCCUGGUUAAAGUUGCUCAGUAUGCUGCACAACUUGAGCAAUACGAGAAAGCAAUUUCUAUUUAUGAAGAGGUUGGGAUGUCAUGCAUGGAUAACCAGCUGCUUAAGUAUAGUGCAAAGGAUUACUUUUUCAAAGCAGCCCUCUGUCAGUUGUGUGUAGAUACACUGAAUGCAGAACAGGCCAUUCAGAAGUAUGAAGAAAUGUUCCCACAGUUUGGAGAUGCCAGAGAGAGCAAACUUCUCAAGAGUCUUAUCAGUGCAAUAAAUGAGGAGGAUAUCGACAAAUUCACUGACACGGUCAAGGAUUACGACAGUAUAUCUCGUCUGGAUCAAUGGACAACGACGAUGCUGCUGAGAGUGAAGAAGAACAUCAGUGGGGAGGAUCUCAGAUGAUUUCUCUCCUCACACAGACCCUCCCCCAGGGAACUUUUGACUCAAUUUCUUGUUUUAUGAAUGUGACGUUUUUGAUAUUAGAACUGUCAAGGAUUUUUUUUUAACAUCACACAGAGCUUAUUUAAUGUCAAUAUAUGUUAGCAAUCUUUUUUUUAAAAUUCAGUUUUCAGGUUGUUAAUUAUCAGGUAUUUAGAUUAAUGCAUAAAAUCCACUGUUACAAAGAUAUGCAACAUUCCCUGUACCUCUACAACUCAGUAAAUUAUGCUAGUUUGACAGAAAGGUGUGUGUAUUAUGGCAAAUUUAUUAACAGAAAAUGGAGGAUUUGACGUAAAAAAAAAAAAAAUGCAGUGUGUGAAAUUGCACUAGUGAACAAUUGGAUAUUUACAGUGUAAAUAUUUCCAACAUGAUUUUCAGCUGUUAUAGUAACUGUUAGUGUUCUCUUUGAAUAACAAUAAGUUAUUGUGCUUCAGUGAUAGUAGUUUAACAUGUAACUGGUGAUUUUGAUUUAAACGUUUACCUGUGUUCACCCAUUAAAUACUAUCAUGUAAAAAAUUGUCAAUUACUUUAAUAUCUUCGAAAUGAUAACUAAAUGUAUGUGAUCAGUGUGUCUUUAGCAGCUACAUUUUAUGACAAAAAGACAUUAUAAGCAAGAACUACUCUCUGUGAAAAAUAUAUCAUAGUCAACCUUCUACUUCAUCUGAAUGUGAAAUGUACCAAAUUUCUGUCACAUAAAGUAGUUACAUGUAAAUUGUCAAACAAUUAUUGAUAAGAAAUAGCAGUUGUAAAAAUAAUCUUUAAAGGCUACACUCAUGGUAAUAUAAACUACUUGUAUACUAAGUUGUUGUUAAAUACAUGUAUAUAUGUUAUAUAUAUGGCAAGAUUCUUCUUGAAUUUGUUUGCAUUAGAUAUGUAAGCUGAAUAAACUUUGAAAAUCAAUAA